AGGAACAAGCAGCGAGAGAGGGGCUAGUUGUAGAUGUAGCUAGGGUGAGCUACCCAAACGCCCGGGCUGCUCCGCCAAAACAUCCAUGGGUGGUUGCGUCGGGAGCCAUCACGACUCUUCGGGCAGCCUCAACGAGAACUCGGACGGCACUGGAGGGCGAAAUCAGCCCCUAAAACGUGAAAGGCCCAAAUGGAAAAGCGACUACCCGAUGACGGAGGGCCAGCUGCGCAGUAAGAGAGAUGAAUUCUGGGAUACGGCGCCAGCGUUUGAGGGACGCAAGGAGAUCUGGGACGCCCUCCGAGCCGCGGCCAGCGCCUUCGAGGGCAAUGAUCACCUGCUGGCUCAGGCCAUUCUGGACGGAGCGAGCAUCACUCUACCACACGGAGCUCUUACCGAAUGCUACGAUGAGCUGGGGAACCGGUACCAGCUGCCCGUGUACUGCCUCUCCCCUCCCGUGAACAUGAUUGAAGAGCGGUCAGACGAGCCCGACGGUUCUGACCCGGACUCCAGCACCGCCGACCCAAACUCCACAUCGGUGAGCGGGGGAGGAGGAGGGGACCCGACGGUGGUGGGGGGGGAGUCACAACUGCGCCUGCGCCUCUCCACAGGGCGGGACCUGCGUCUCACAGUGCGAUCCACAGACACAGUGGGGAUGAUGAAGAGGAGACUCCAGAACCAGGAGGGGGUCGCGGCCAACACCCAGCGCUGGUUUUUCUCAGGGCGACCACUCACGGACAGGCUACGGUUGGAUCAGCUCAAUAUCUCCAAGGACUAUGUGGUGCAGGUGAUUCUGAGUCAGCCCCCCGCCCCUCCCUCACCUGUCCUAGGGCAGAGUCAAACUGAAGGGGGCGCUGUGGAGGUGGAAGGAGUGGUGUCUCAAGAUCCCACUCCGGUAGAAAACUGACGCAAACUCGACACUCGAGACUGGAGAGAGCUGGCUGCUACAGACAGUUGAAUUUUGAUUUUAGGAAUUAUUUUCUACUGGAUUGUUUUUGAUGAGAUGAUCCUUGUCUGGGGCAACAGGCUGUCUGCUGGAGGACUCUUCAAUUGAGAAAUACAGCCUUCUUUCUUUCUUUUUGAUUUUACACGUUGACCUUUUUCAAGUCUUUUUAACUGUUCCUAUGGAAACCAAACUACAAAAGGAGAACUGUGUCUAGCUUGACUGGCUUGAAGGAUUUUCAUAAUGAGCUGAGAUCUGAAUCUUACUUUCCAUUCAUGUUCUGCAGCAAAUGUUUUUCUAGGUUACAGGGUUAUACCAUCCGUUUAAGUUUGAGUUUUAACAUUUCAGUUUAGAUAAAAAGAAGUUUCAAUUAUUGUCUAUUCGGGUAAGCUGUUAUCACAAUUUGACAUUAAGAUGCUUAGCUCCAUUUGACAAGGCACAUUAAGAAAUGUAUUAUGGGAGCAAGAAGGAACAUUUAAACAAGAUGCUGCUGGAUUAGAUGCUUUACUUCAGUCAUCUUCAAAACAAUCAGUUCAUCUCAAAUUCUGUGGCAGAGACAAGACACCAAGAAACCCAUUCACAAGCAUUCACUGUCACUUCUCUGUGGGACUGAAAGAUGGGCGGCAGGCACACAGCUGCAUAUUUUGAUUAUUAAAAUAGUGUUUUUAAUUAAAUUGCA